AUGGAUAGCUGGCUUGACCGCAUUCGCUCUUGCAAAAAUCUCUGCGAUGCCCGGAGGAUUCACGCGGAGAUCGCUCUAGAUCGAAACCAGGAACACGGAGUCUAUCUCUCCAACAAGCUAAUCGAAAUGUAUGGCAAGUGUGGAAGCGCAAGGGACGCCAAGGGGAUUUUCGACGCCAUUCCUGCCGGGGAUAGAGAUUCUUUCUCUGCUGUCCUGAUGCUCUCGGCUUUCUGCAAGAACGGGCGGAUUGACGAGGCUACGAAGCUAUUUAAUGAGCUCGUCGGUAACCACCGCGUCCUCAUCGCAUGGAAUACUAUGCUCUCUUCAUAUGCCCAUGUUGGGCAUAUGGAAGAAGCAAAGAGACUGUUUGAUGAGAUGCCGCAGAGAAGCUUGGUUUCCUGGAACGCUAUGCUGACUGCUUAUGCACAAAAUGGUUACUUGGAUAAAGCCCAAGAGAUGUUCCAUUCCAUGCCCGAACUAAGUCUUCUUGCCUGGACAGCAAUGCUUUCGGCUUUUACCGCGAAAGGGCAUUUUGCUUCUGCUAAGAAAACGUUUGACUCGAUGCCAGAGAGAAGCUUUGUGAGUUACAAUGCAAUGUUGGCAUCGUUUGUAAAAUUUCGAAAAUACGAUUCAGCUUUAAAUUUGUUUCAAGUGAUGCCGGAGAGGAACUUAAUAUCUUCGACGACUAUUCUUACAGCAUUAGCUAAUGGCAAGCAUUUGGAAAAGGCAAAGGAAGUGUUUGAUGGAAUGGAGGAGCGUGACAUUGUGUCAUGGAACGCAAUGCUAACCGCGUACGCCCUGUGCACGGGCAUCUUGAAGAGUCAAAAUUUCUUUUUGACACCAUGGCCUUUCCAAGACUUGGUAGCUUCGAACACAAUGCUGGCUGCGUAUGCCGAUAAUGGAGAGCUUGAGAAGGCUAAAUCCAUAUUUGAUGACAUCCAGAGUGGAGAUAAAUUUUCAUGGACAACCCUCUUGGUCGCUAACGUUAACAGAGGCGAGCUAGAGCAAGCAAAUGCGAUCUUUGUAAUGACACCAGAGCAUGAUAUUGUUUCGUGGACUACAAUGCUUGGUGCUUAUGCAAACCUGGGAAGGUUUCAAGAGGCCAUCGAGAUCUUUAGCAUGAUCAAGUUGGUCGAUUCACCGGACGCUCCAUGCUUCUUGCUUGUGCUUCUAGUGUGUAGCCACGCCGGGAAAGCAAGCAUUGGUCGAGGCUACUUCUUUUCAAUGAGAGUCGACUAUGGCAUCAAGUCGACCAAGGAGCACUUCAGCUGCAUGGUCGAUCUUCUCGGCCGAGGUGGAAGCUUGGGUGACGCUCGAGAUCUCAUCUCUAGCAUGCCUUAUGUUCCUGAGAGCCUUGACUAUAGAAGCUUUCUGAGGAGCCAGAGGGAUGGAACAACCACACCAAUUCAAAGAGAAGCUCGUGAUCAAUUCAGAGUGGAUCUCGACGUGAGAGAAUGCGAUGAGAGCUCCUCUUCGUAUGUUCUUCUCUCAAGCAGCUUGCUUCCUUGA